AGCCAGUGUCUCUCAGUCCCUGUAUUAACAGUAAAAGAUACAUCUAAGUAUGGUACCUUUGUUAAUGGAUCAAAACUCAAUGGCACUUCAGUGUCAUUGCAGUCUGGUGACAGAAUCAACUUUGGAGUCUUUGAGAGCAAGUUUAGAGUAGAGUAUGAAUCUUUGGUUGUCUGCUCCUCAUGUUUAGAUGUUGCUCAGAAAACUGCUUUACAUCAAGCCAUCCAGCAGCUUGGAGGCCUUCUAGUGAAUGAAUGGACGAAAGAGUGAGUAAUGGUAUCAGUAAAAGUUACUGUUAAGACUAUAUGUGCUUUGAUUUGUGGUCGGCCAAUUAUAAAACCAGGGUUUUUUAUUGAAUUAAUCAAAGCUGUUCAGUCCAGGCAGCAGUUGCCAAAUCAUGAAAGCUUUUAUCCUCCAGUUGACGAGCCUUCCAUUGGCACUGAAAAACUGGAUUUAUCAGAGCGUGCUGAAAGGAAAAAAAUAUUCAGUGGAAAAACUUUUGUGUUUCUAACUGCCAAGCAGCACAAGAAACUGGGUCCAGCAGUUAUUCUUGGAGGAGGGCAAGCAAAAUUGAUGACAGAGAGUAGAAAAGAAACGUCUUUACUGGUUUCUCCUAAAGUUUGUGUUGUUGAUGUGGGUAUGACAGACUCUCAGAUCCCAGGAUCUGACUCUGUGAGAAACUGGACUGAUUCCAUUCUGGCUGUCUUGCAAAGCAAGGAUCUCAGGGCUAUUCCCGAAGCAGAAAUUGGAUUGGCAGUUAUCUUCAUGUCUACAGAAAAAUACUGUAAUCCUCAAAAGCAGCCCAGUAACAAAG